AUGAAAAUAUGGGAUUAUUCACGUUCGAUGAUUGUUUUACUUGUUUUAUCAACAGUAGUUUCAUCAUUUCGACAUCAUUUUCACAGGAAAAGAUCAAUGUUAGAAGCAGAUCCAUGUUUAGAUGAAGAAGAUGUUAGUUUUAUAUUAUAUAGAUUUUUCAAAAGUUUUUUUUUCAAAUUUACAGAUCGAGAACCCAUCAGAAAUAUCAUUUCCAAAACGAUUCGAACAUUUGAAACGGCCAUGGAUUGCAGAUGAUAACAAAUAUUCACCAAAAGUUUUUAAAGGCGAAGGAAUUAAUUAUCAAUGGGCUUGGAUGAAAUCAUUAGUAGUAAAAGGAUUGUCGAAAUCGGUAUAUUUAUUUUUAUUCUGGAAAAAAUCUAGAGAUUGAAAUUGAAUUUUACAGAUAGAAGAUAUUUUACAAUUUUUAUACAAGAAAGAUUGUUUGUUCAUUCCUGUUGGACCAAUGAUUCGAGAUUUGAUUCUUAGAAAUCAACCAGUAUUUUUGAGUGGAGAAGUAAGCUGUGACAUUCAAAGAGUGAGUUUUUUUUUGAAGAUUGAUUGUGAGAAAAAAGUUUUUUUAACCAAAAAAUUAUCUGAUUCUGCUUUGUUUUCAGUGUUUUUUUUUCGAAAAAAUCAGAACCAAGUUCAAAAUGUUCUCUAUUUUUUUAUGGAAUUGCAGUAAGAAAUUUUGCACUACCUUGUUUUAUGAUGUUUGAUUUCUUUGUUCUAUAGUUAUUUAUUGAAUUAUUUGAGAUAAUGUUAUUUUUUCCAUCUUUCAAUGUUUUUUCAGCUUUAUAAUGACUGCAAGAAAAAGUUUGGAGCUCAAGUUUGUGCACUUUAUCCAGUUGAAAAUGGAUCACCAGAAGAAUAUCGUUUAGAAAUUGGAGACUGGAAUGUAAACAGCACAAUUGAUCAAAUGAGAGCUGAACCAGUUUCAAUUUAUGGAUGGAGAACAAUUCUUGGAAAAUCACAGACACAAUGGUCUUAUACAGUUGAUAUAAUGGCAAUAUAUGAUGAUAUAGCUGGAACUACUUAUUUAAUUGAUCCGACUGGAAGAGGAUAUCGAGAUGUUUGUGAGAAAAAAUUAGUGGCUACUGUUGAUGAUAAUCAAUGGAAUGAUUGGGCAAAAAAUCAACCAAUCAAAGUUUUGAGGUAGUUUUAUAAAAUUUAAAAUUGGAAAUUUAUAUUUUCCAGUUUCUAUGAUCUACGAACAAGUGGAUUCAGUGUUGCCAAUUCACAAUUUCAAACAUUUGUCAAUGAAAAAAUAAAAGAUGUCAACUACAAGGUUAGUUUUAAAUAAAUUUCCUAAAAUAGAAAAAAAUUGACGAUCCCGGCUUUAAAAAAAAGUUGUGAAAAAUUUCCUAAAAUUCUUUUCCAGGAUUCGCAAAAGUUUUAUUGUGAGCAUAUUUUGAAAGGAGUUGUGAAUACGAGCGGAAAUCCAUCAGUUUGUCAUACUUUAUAUCCACAAAAGGAGCAAAGCCGUCGAAUUGAAACAAUGAGAAAUAUUAUGAUAAAAGAAACUGGAACAAUUUGGAAUGAUACUGUGGGAAGUGGAGGAGAUCGUUUGGAAGCCAUAUUUGAGACAUCUCAACAAUUUGUUUCAAAUCGAGAAAUAAUAAAGAAACGGGAGAAAAAUGGUUGGUACUAGAACUAAUCUAUCAAUAGUUUUUUCUGAAUAAAAUACCAAUGUUUUUUUAGACGCAGUUAUCUCCGAAACUGAACCAACAAUAAUAAUCAAAGGAAAACCAAUGAUAAAAGAUAUGUCUGAGGUAUUCAAAAAUAUGUUGAUCAAAAAUCUAAUGAUUAGUUUCUAGGUUCAUACACGCCCAAUUUAUCCAAUGAGUGAAGAACCUGUCAAACUGCCAGUCGAAUUUCCAAGUCUCCCAAAUGCAAAACCAAAUGAAAAACUCGAGUUCCAUGAACCCGAGACACAAGGAGGUAAAAUUAAAUUUUUGAAAAUCAAAAAAGCUAGGUCCUGGCCGGGAUCGAACCGGCGGCCUUCUGCGUGUAAAGCAGACGUGAUAACCACUACACCACAGGACCAGACAUAUAAAAGAGAGAGAAAUGAAAAGAAAUGGAACGGAGACUAAAGAAAAGAUGCAGAGAAAUUGAAAAAGGGAAGAGUGUUUUUGAGCGAAAAAAGACCGAGUAAAUAAUAUUAUAAUAUUGGAAUCAUUCAAAAAUUAAAAAAAAAACCUUGAUUUUUUGAUUACAGCUGGUUACAAUGAUCCGAUUGCUUACGAAGUCUCGCGAGAAGAUGAAAAUGGUGCUUCAGGAGAUAAAAGCGAACCAGAAGUGAUUACUACUCAAAAACCUACUGUAAGUUUAAAUUUGAAGACGUGAUGAUUUUCAAUAAUUUUAAUAAUUUAGGAAUCGCCUGUUAUUCUUCCAACUGAUACAAAUUCAGAAGAUUUAACAAUCACUUCCUAUGCAUCACAAAAUCAGAACAAUAUUAUUGACUUCGAAGGUGAAGAAAUUCCAGCCGAUACAAAUUACACAUUUAAUUUUAAGAGCACCGUUUUCCGGACAAUUAUAGUUUUAAUAAUUUUCACAUUUUUCUAAUUGACUGCCCGCGGCUUCCGCUUUUUUCUUUAGUAUUAUAA